CGCGGCCACGUGGUUAUGUGGCUGGGCGGCCGCUUGUGGCUCCCGGUUCUUAGGCAAGUGUGCUCCAACCUCCGGCGUCUCACCUUUGCCAGGACUUGGGGUGACCGCAGGGACCCCAUGGCGGAAACACUCUCGACCCGGGCCGAGGCCGCGGGCGGGCUGGAGGCCCCGGCUCAGCAAAACGGAGUUGCGGGUGGCGAACCUAGGGAACCGCAAGAGAGCCUGGAGCCUGCGGGCCCUGGAGUGGAGCUGGCCCCGGGAGACGCGAAGCAGGCCUCCGAGAUCGAGGAGCAGGCCCCGGUCGUAGCCCCCGGCCCAGGCAAGCGGAAGAAGCGGCGGGGCGCAACCGGAGAGCGUGUCGUGCCGCCCCCGAAGAAGCGACGGGCAGGGGUUAGCUUCAGCGAUGAGCACUUUGCCGAGACCAGCUACUAUUUCGAGGGCGGCCUGCGCAAAGUGCGGCCCUACUAUUUUGACUUUCAGACUUACUGCAAAGGCCGCUGGGUGGGCCACAGCUUGCUGCACGUCUUCAGCACCGAGUUCCGAGCCCAGCCCCUGGCCUACUACGAGGCAGCGGUCAGGGCGGGCCGCCUGCACCUCAAUGAGGAGCCCGUGAAGGACCUCAGCAUUGUGCUCAAGGACAAUGACUUCUUACGGAACACAGUGCACAGGCAUGAGCCACCAGUUACAGCAGAACGUCGCCUGCUGGCCGAGAACGAAGAUGUGGUAGUUGUAGACAAGCCUUCUUCCAUUCCUGUCCACCCCUGUGGCCGCUUCCGACACAACACGGUCAUCUUUAUCCUGGGCAAGGAGCACCAACUCAAAGAGCUACACCCAUUGCAUCGACUUGACCGCCUUACGUCCGGGGUCCUCAUGUUUGCCAAGACAGCGGCCGUCUCAGAGAGAAUUCAUGAACAGGUUCGGGACCGGCAGCUGGAGAAGGAAUACGUGUGCCGGGUGGAGGGGGAGUUCCCUGCUGAAGAAGUAACCUGCAAGGAACCCAUCUUGGUGGUGUCUUACAAGGUAGGGGUCUGCCGUGUAGAUCCUCGGGGCAAGCCCUGUGAGACAGUGUUCCAGCGACUGAGCUACAAUGGCUGCUCCAGCGUGGUACGCUGCCGGCCACUCACAGGCCGCACGCACCAGAUCCGAGUCCACCUCCAGUUCCUGGGCCAUCCCAUCCUCAAUGACCCCAUCUACAACUCAGUUGCCUGGGGCCCCUCCCGAGGCCGAGGCGGCCACAUUCCAAAGACAGAUGAGGAACUACUUCGGGACCUUGUGGCAGAGCACCAGGCCAAACAGAGCCUGGAUGUGCUAGAUCUCUGUGAGGGCGACCUGUCCCCUGGUCUCAUAGACUCUACAGCACCCUCCUCAGAGCUGAGCAAGGACCAUGUAGAAGAGUUGGCUGCAUCUGCCCAGAAGAUGGAUGGAGCAGUUGAGGCAGCCCCUCAGGAUCUGGACACAGUGCCCUUGGCACUAGGGAAGGCAGCCAAAAUGGAUGUUGUGAAUCAAGAAACAGACCCACUCUGUGCAGAGUGCCGGCUGGUGCGACAGGACCCCUUGCCCCAGGACCUUGUGAUGUUCUUGCAUGCUCUCUGCUAUAAAGGGCCAGGCUUUGAGUACUUUUCACCAAUGCCUGCCUGGGCUCAGGAUGACUGGCAAGAGGGCUGAGGGCUGUGACCAAUGGAGGGGUUACUUCUUGGGUUGGAAGAGGAAUAGGCCAUGGGUAGUAGGAGCUGACCACAUACACUGUACUCAGUUUCUCAGGGGUGAGGUUGGGCUCUUAAAGGAACUGCUCAUACCUCCUUCUUUCUUCUCCCUCCAGCUACAGUUUGGGGACUUUUUUUGGUUUGUAAAUAGAUCUCUUUUUUUUCUAA